GCGGGACGGACACGGACGGACGCAGCCAUCCGCCGGUCUCCAAAUCAGUCGCCUCAUUGCUGCCGUUCGCUCAGGUUGGACAGGGAAGAGGAGCGGAGCGCAUCGCCAGGACCACGCCACUGCAAGACCACUGCAACGCGACACACACGUGCGGCCCCGACACCAACAUGUGGUUCAGGAGUGGAAAGUGCCGUUCCUUGGCGCGUAUGGUCGGCAAGACGGUGGUCAUCACGGGCGCCAACACCGGCAUCGGCAAGGAGACCGCCCUGGACUUGGUGGGCAGAGGGGCGCGCGUGGUCAUGGCCUGCAGGGACAUGGAGAAGGCCAAGGUGGCCGUGGAGCAGGUCCGCGAGGCCGUGAAGGGCGUGGAGGGCGCCGGCGAGGUGGAGGCCGUGCACAUGGACCUCGCCUCCUUCGCCUCCGUCAGGAAGUGCGCCAAACAGCUGCUCCUCCAGGAGCCCAAGAUCCACGUCCUCAUCAACAACGCAGGUAUCAUGGCGUGCCCGCGCGCGCUCACGGAGGACGGCCUGGAGAUGCAGCUGGGCGUCAACCACCUGGCGCACUUCCUCUUCACCUGCCUGCUGCUGCCCAGGAUCCGCGCCUCGGGGCCCGCCAGGAUCAUCACGCUGUCCUCGCUCGUGCACUCCAGUGGAGUCAUCGACUUUGACGACCUGAACGGCGAGAAGAGCUACAGCCCCAGCUACCGGUACUCCGCCAGCAAGCUCGCCAACGUGCUGUUCGUCAAGGAGCUGGCCGACAGGCUCAAGGCGCACGACAUCAACGACGUGACGGUGUACGCGGUGCACCCCGGCGUGGUGGCCACGGAGCUGAGCCGGCACCUGAGCGACGCCCUGUUCCCGGGCGCCACGUUCAUCUGGGACCGCAUCAUGAAGCUGUGGAUCAAGACGCCCGUGCAGGGCGCGCAGACGUCCAUCUACUGCGCCGUGGACGAGGAGGUGGCCUCGCAGUCCGGCCUGUACUACAGCGACUGCCACGUGACCGAGCCGGCCCGGCGCGCGCGCAACCCCGAGGUGGCGCGCCGCUUGUGGGAGGAGAGCGUCCGCCUGACCGGCCUGGGCGACUUCGACCCCUUCACCGCGCCCGACACCGCCAGCACCGUCAACCUGUAGCACUCUGUAGUUUAAUUAUUUUAGUUGUAUUUUUUAUUUUGUUAUUGUAACGACUUUUCAUUUAUUAUCAUAAACGCGACGCUCAACA